AUGUAUAAUGCUCCGGGGUCAUCAGCUCCGUUCAUCCUCUCCGUUCCUUGUCUCCUCCGUUCUAUGGCUCUGGCGUAUGGUGAACUCAAACCGGACUUGCGCAUGUAUUGGUUUGUGUUCUUCACGGGGCAGCAUAUAUGUAUGGUUUUCGAAUACUUGGGGGAUAAUUUGUUGAUUCUCAUUAAGUAUUCCUCUGACUACCGUGGCUUGGAUAUUCAUAUGGUUAAGGAGAUUUGUUAUCACAUGUUGGUUUGGUUAGACUACUUGCAAAGAGAGCUUUCUGUUGUACACUCUGAUCUGAAGCCUGAGAAUGUUUUGGUACCAUCAAUGAUUGGUCCAUCUAAAGUUCCUAGGAAGUCAGGUGUGACUCUUGUUCUCCCUAGUAAUAAGGAUAAAACAGUUGACUCCAAUGGAGACUUCGUCAAGAAUCAAAAGAAAGAUGUGCGAAGAGCAUUAUUGAAUAUGACAAAGCUCAUGGUGGGAUCAGCUGUUAAUGGAAAACCACUAAACUCGAGUGAAGAAGACUGUCCUUCUACUUCUGCAUCUAGUGGAUUAGAAGUGAAGCAAGGAGGUAAGAAAGGGAGUCGAUCGAGUAGAAGUGACCGUGUGCAUUUGAUCGAGUAGAAGUGUAAACUUGUUGACUUUGGAAACGCGUGUUGGACUUACAAACAGUUCACAAGCAACAUUCAAGCGAGACAGUAGAGGGGUCCGUAAGUAAUCCUUGGAUCUAAGCAGUUAUACCACAUCGGCUGAUUCUGGUCGUUUACGUGUAUAUGUUUUGAACUUGCCACUGGAGAUGUACUGUUCGAUCCCCAUAGCGGAGACAACUAUGAUAGAGAUGAGGAGCACUUGCCUUUGAUGAUGGAGCUUCUAGGAAUGAUGCCACGCAAGAUAGCUUUAGGAGGCCGUUACUCCAGAGAUCUAUUCAACAGGCACGGUGAUCUUGGACACAUCAGAAGACUCCGUUUCUGGCCUAUGAGCUCAGUGUCUCUUACAUUCCUGGAUCAACUCUGGUCAUCGCUCUCUACAACCUUCUCCUUCACCCAAACCUGA